AGGACGGUCUCCGUGGUGCAGCUCGCGGCGGUUGUUCUCUGCUCGGCAGUGGGAUGGGCAACUGGUUGGAUCCCGUCUCCCGCCGCCGGUGUUGGCCCUGGAUUCUUGCGGUGGCUGCUGCCCGCGGCCUUCUCGCACGCUCUGGGAAACGGCCUGACGGCGGUGGCUCUGUCGUGGGGCUCCGUCUCCUUCAUGCACGUCGUGAAGACCAGCGAGCCCAUCUGGAUGGCACUGGGAAUCUUUCUGGUGAGCGGGACGCGCCUGCCGCGACCGCAGUUCCUGGCCGUGCUCCCCAUCAUGUUCGGCGUCGCGCUGGCGAGCGCGGGAGAGAUCGCCUUCACCUGGGUGGGCUUCCUCGCCGCCGUCGGCUCGACCAUCGCCUUCGCCGCGCGCGGCAUCUUCACGAAGGGGCUGAUGAGCGCGGAGGGCCCCGACGGCCAGAGGGUGUCGCCGCUGAACGCCUUCGCGCUGGACUCGCUGUUCGCCCUGGCAUUCACCCUCCCCCUGGCCGCAGCGAUAGACGGCGGAGCGCUCGUGUCCGCGCUGCGUACGGCCGCGGCCGUGCCGGGGCAGGCUGCGCGGCUCCUGGGCCUCCUGGCCGCCACGGGGCUGACCUACUACGUGUACAACGCCGUCGCCUUCCAGCUGCUCGGGCUCCUGGACGUGGUCUCGUGGGCGGUCGUGAACCUGGGCAAGCGCGUCGUCGUGAUCGGCCGCAGAGUGGGGGAGAAAGUCGGAGCAGAAAGACCUGCAUACACAUGGAUUUCUGGAGCGCCGCACGGACCUCGCUGACCUGCGAUGGACUUCGCGCGCUUCGCGCGCCAGGGAGGGGGCCCAGCGCCGAACCAAGGAAUCCACGCGGACCUUCGACCGUUGAUGUUUAUGCGGUUUUUCGUCCUCCAGAGACAGGGCGCACCCACCGCUACCGAGCCUCCACAACGGCUGGUCGUGUGGACCCAGAUCCUGGUGGGCGGGGCCUCCCCGUGGGGCCAGGAGGCCAUGCCCAGCAGUCACCCUGAGCCAAAGGUCAGAGGCAACGU